GAGUCAGAAAAUCUCCCGCAUGCCCCGGAUAACUCGAAUCCUAAAACGACACCGUUUCGAAAAGUGAAAACCAUCUUCUUCUCCUAAACCCCUUCCCCACGACAACCACCCUGCUACUCGAUUUCCUCUGCAAUUCUAGAGAGAAAAAGUAGAGGGAGAAACAAAGAUUUUCCUCUGAGAGCCUAGGGAGAUAAAAGGGGUUUCUGUGAACAUCUAGAGAUAGAGGGAUGGAUUUCGAGCUGAGAAGAGCCAGAGAGAAGCUCGAGAGAGAGCAGAAGGAGAGGAAGGAGAAAGCAAGGUUGAAGUUGGAAAGGGAUAGAAAAUCCAAACAGGAAGCGGCCCGCCAGCGCGAUGCCAUUGAAGCGGUUCAGAGAUCUCGGCGCCUUGACGCCGCCGAAGCCCAACUCAAGGCUGAUCAGCAAAUGGAAGAAAGUUUACUUGCUGGCAGAGGAGUAAUGUUUUUUCGUAUUUUAGAAGCUGUUGCUUAUCAGGGUAAUGGAGAUAAGAUCAAAUUGCCACCUUCCUGCUUUAAGGAAUUAUCUGAUCAGGGUGCUUUUGAUAAAGGGCCACUUUACUUUGGGCUUUCAGUUGUUCAUCAAGAGGGUUCUUUAGAUACAAAGGCAGCUGAAACACAAAAUCAGAGGACAACUCAUGCAGGUGUUCUGGAAUUCACUGCAGAGGAAGGUUCUGUCAGCCUUCCUCCUCAUGUAUGGAGUAACUUGUUUCCGGAGGAAACCUUAAAGUCUCCAUUGGUUGAAGUUCGUUAUCUUUGGCUCCCAAAAGGAACUUAUGCAAAACUUCAAGCAGAUGGGAUUGGCUUUUCAGACAUACCCAAUCACAAGGCUGUCCUUGAAACAAGACUACGCCAGCAUGCCACUCUUUCUCAAGAUGAUGUCCUGAUCGUGAACCAUGGGGAGUUGACAUACAAGUUAAAGGUUCUUGAGUUAAAACCAUCCUCAAGUAUAUCUGUCCUGGAAACAGAUAUUGAGGUUGAUAUAGUGGGUCCUGAUUCGGUUUCAGGGAGGACAAAUCAGCAGUUCCUGAAACCACUGGAAUUUGGAAAAUCAGAGACUGGAAUGGUUGAGGAAGGUAAUUAUGUGUAUUACAAGUUCUCAAUGGAUGGUGACAUCUUGGGGAUAAUUGCUUCUGGGGAUGCAAGAAUUGAGGUAAAGAUAGAAGCAGAGUCAGAUGGUGGAGAUACUGAUCUUUACAUUUCGAGACAUCCCCUCAUAUUCCCAAAUAGGCACCAACAUGAAUGGUCUUCUCAUGAUGUGGGUUCAAAAACUUUGAUACUGAGUCAUAAGGAUCAGAGCUUGGAAGCAGGUACUUUUAGCAUUGGUGUCUAUGGCUUUAAAGGAACAACAAAGUACCAGAUAUCGGUAAGUGUUCAAGAUAACUUAAACCACAAGGUGGGUCAACAAGCUACAUCUUCUUCAUCUAUGGAGGUGGAUACCGUAGAGUGUAGGAAUUGCAAGCAUUAUAUACCCAGUAGAUCUAUAGCACUGCAUGAGGCCUAUUGUAGCAGACAUAACAUCAUUUGUCCACAUGCUGGUUGUGGGGUUGUUCUCAGGGUGGCAGAGGCCAAGAACCAUGUGCAUUGUGACAAAUGUGGGCAAGCCCUUCAAAGGGGAGAGAUGGAGAAGCACAUGAAAGUGUUCCAUGAACCACUUCACUGCCCAUGCGGGGUAGUACUUGAGAAGGAACUAAUGGUGCAACACCAGGCUUCAGCGUGCCCUCUUCGCCUAAUAACAUGCCGGUUUUGUGGUGACAUGGUUCAGGCUGGGAGUUCUGCCAUGGACGUCCGAGACCGAUUAAGAGGACUGUCUGAGCAUGAAAGCAUCUGUGGCUCAAGAACCGCCCCAUGCGACUCAUGUGGGCGUUCCGUCAUGCUAAAAGAGAUGGACAUCCACCAAAUAGCCGUUCAUCAGAGGAACUAAUGCCACGCAUGAGCUCUCACUCCUAUACUCAUUCAUGGCCCCUAAUGCUGCUUAGGGCACAAGACCUGGAAAUUCUGCCAUAAACAUCAGCAUGAACCAGAUGCUUUCAGCAUAUAUCCCAUCACUCUGCAUCAGCAUAUAUCCAACUUUGAUAUCGUGGUUCAGCCUUGAUAUGCAUGUAAUUCUAAUAUUAUUAUUAUUUUUUCCUGGAAAUCCUGGUGUGAUGUAUGAAACGCCAAUCUGGAUCAAUCAACUUGGUUUGCUUGCCUGUGUA